UGCGUAGAAAUAUCAAAUUCAGAAAAUUGAGACAAACCCACCCUGCUUCAAAAUUGAACAAGAUUCAUAGCUCGUCGUUCUCUCUAUCUCUCAAAUCGAAUUCAAUGGCUUUUUCUGCAAUUUCUACGACGCACUCUCCCCAAUUCGUUCGCCCUCCAAUCUCCCUUCGACAACACCAAUCUCAAACUUCAGUCUCCUUUCUACGAUUCAAUCGCCCUAAAUCACUUUCAAUUCGAUCAGUUUCAGUUCCAGCUGCUCCUUCAUCUGGGUCUGUGGCGCCUGCAGUUUCGCUUACGGAUCAAGCACUGAAGCACUUGAAUAGAAUGAGGUCUGAAAAAAAUCAAGAUUUAUGUUUAAGAAUAGGUGUAAAACAGGGUGGAUGCUCGGGUAUGUCAUACUCAAUGGAUUUCGAGGACAGGGCAAAUACAAGGCCGGAUGACUCCAUCAUUGAAUAUGAAGGUUUUGUAAUUGUUUGUGAUCCUAAGAGCCUACUCUUCAUAUUUGGCAUGCAAUUAGAUUACAGUGAUGCUCUAAUUGGGGGAGGCUUCUCUUUCAAGAAUCCUAAUGCAACCCAAACGUGUGGGUGUGGCAAAUCCUUUGCUGCAGAAAUGUAAUACCAUGUUUAUAAACAGUAGUUAAGGUUGUUGUACAAGCAACACUUUCAACUAAAUAUAGGCUUUUAUUUGACAUUA